GUUGACCUCCGAGGCCGGAACCGCGGCGAAGAUGGCGGCGGCCGGGGGCUGGAGGCCUGCGCUGCGCCGUCGGGGCCUUUUAUUGCACACCGCAGCCGAGGUCGCCGCCGCCAGGGCUCUAGAAGCCGUCGGCCCAGAUGUCACAACGGCCCCAGUCGCGCGGUACCCGCCGAUUGUGGCCUCCCUGACAGCUGACAGCAAGGCGGCGCGGCAGCGGCGGGUGGAGCGCUGGCAGGCGAAGGUGCACGCGGCUGAGUCGGUGGAGGAGAAGCUGCGAAUCCUCACCAAGAUGCAGUUCAUGAAGUACGUGGUGUACCCGCAGACCUUCGCCCUGAACGCCGACCGCUGGUACCAGGGCUUCACCAAGACCGUGUUCCUGUCCGGCCUGCCGCCCCCGCCCGCGGAACCCGAGCCCGCGCCGGCGCUGGACCUGGCGGCGCUGCGGGCCGCCGCGUGUGACUGCCUCCUGCAGGAGCACUGCUAUCUGCAGCGCCGGCGGCGGGUGCCGGUCCACGAGGCGCGCGAGGCCAUCGUUUCUCCCUUCCUGGAUCAGCUGGUGGUCGUCCUGCUGGGCCUGCUCAGCCCGCACAACCCGGUCCUGGCCGCCGCCGCCCUCGACUGUAAACGCCCAGUUCACUUUUACUGGUUGCGUGGUGAAGAAAUUAUUCCUCGUGGUCAUCGAAAAGGUCGAGUUGAUGCCUUGCGAUACCAAAUAAAUGAUCAACCACACAACCAGAUUCGAAUAUCCAAGCAACUCCCUGAGUUUGUGCCAUUGGAUUAUUCUGUUCCUAUAGAAAUCCCUGUUAUGAAAUGUAAGCCAGACAAACUUCCGUUAUUCAAAAGGCAGUAUGAAAACACCAUAUUUAUUGGCUCAAAAACAGCUGAUCCGUGUUGUUAUGGCCACACUCAGUUUCACCUGUUACCUAAUAAAUUGAAAAGGGAAAGGCUUUUGGCACAAAAUUGUGCUGAUCAAAUAGAAGUUGUUUUUAGAGCUAAUGCUAUUGCAAGCCUUUUUGCUUGGACUGGAGCACAGGCUAUGUAUCAAGGGUUCUGGAGUGAAGCAGAUAUUACUCGACCUUUUAUCUCCCAGGGUGUGAUCACAGACGGAAAAUAUUUUUCUUUUUUCUGCUACCAGUUAAAUACGUUGGCACUGACUGCACAGGCUGAUCAAAAUAACCCUCGUAAAAAUAUAUGUUGGGGGACACAAAGUAAACCUCUUUAUGACACAAUUGAGGAUAAUGAUGUGAAAGGUUUUGAUGAUGAUGUUCUACUUCAAAUGGUUCACUUUCUUCUGAAUAGACCAAAAGAAGACAAAUCACAGCUGUUGGAAAACUAAGAACUUAUUUGAUUCAGGACUUUGGAAAUAUUUAAAUUUCACUGAAGAAACAAUGAUGAUGAGACUUAUAACUGUCAAAUAUUAAAUGUAUUGAUUUAUGAGACAAAUAUUCUGUAUGUCAGUCUAUGAUUAGACCUCUCAUUCUGCUCAUAUUUGUUACUGAAAGAUUUAACUUUAAUUAUAUUUUGUUGGUUUUAAAAUAAAUUUACUUAUAUAUAGCUAACUGAUAAAACUGAGCUAUUAAAUGCACAUUUUAAUAUAAAUGCAGGAAUCCUAAAUAAAAUGCUAAUGUACUAAA